AUGACUGUUUCUAAGAUUCCUCUAAGCAGAUAUCUUUGGGAGAGAAUCCACCAACUGGGAGUCGAUAGCAUCUUUGGGGUUCCUGGAGAUUUUAACCUUCAAACUCUGGACACCAUUUACGACGUAAAGGGAUUGAGCUGGGUCGGAAAUCAGAACGAGUUGAACGCUGCUUAUGCUGCAGAUGGAUAUGCUAGAAUCAAGAAGGUUCCAGGUGUUUUCGUGACUACUCACGGAGUCGGGGAGCUCAGCGCUCUCAAUGGAGUUGCAGGUGCAUACAGCGAACGUGUGAAGAUGAUCCACGUCGUAGGACAGACUCCGCGACCCAUGCAAGAGAGGAAUAUGAUGAUCCAUCACUCUAUCGGAAACAAGCCUGACCACCAACUCUACAAUCAAGCUUCCCGUGAUCUUCGUCUUACAGCCGCCGAACUGUGGGACAUCGAGACAGCGCCAGCAGAGAUUGACAGAGUCAUCCGUGAAUGCAUCGUGCAAUCUGGACCCGUAUACAUCUUCAUUCCUCUUGAUCUCGGAGCCGAGGAAGUUUCGGCAGAUUUGCUCGACACUCCACUUGAUCUGACACCUAAGAUCGACGAAAAGGCCCAAAUCGCCGCCGUCGAAGUUAUCCUUUCCGCGCUUUCUGCUGCAAAGAAUCCGGCAGUGUUUAUUGAUGCUCUUGUAGACCGCUUCAAUGGUAAUGAAGAAGCACAGGAGCUGGUCUCGAAGCUGAAUGUACCAUUCUACUGCGCCAAUAUGGGAAAAGCUAUCGUCGAUGAGACCCACGAGAAAUAUGUUGGAGUCUGGAACGGUGUGGUGAGCACACCAGGAUUGGACCGAGCUGCCAAAGAAGCCGACCUGAUGAUUACUUUGGGAUACCUUCCCGCCGAUACCAACUCCGGUGCAUUCUCCCGCAAACUCGAUGACAAGACAACUAUACACAUUGACCCGUUCGAGGUGGUAGUCAAGGGAGAAGUCUACCCAAACCUCCACAUCAAACCCUUUUUGAACGCUCUGAUCAAAGCCCUCCCCUCUCAACCUACACACAACAUCCCAAAUCCCAAGGCAGAUUUCCCACAACUCCGCGUGCCCCUCGACAAAGACGCCAGCCACGUCACGCAGUCCUGGCUCUGGCCGCAAUUCGAGUCCUUCCUGCAACCAGGCGACGUGGUCAUCGGCGAGACGGGAACCGCCACCUUCGGCCUCUGCGACAUAUCAUUCCCCCCCAACGUCCGCUUCCACACGCAGACCUAUUACGGUAGCAUCGGGUGGGCCACCGCCGCAACCUUGGGAAUGGAGAUAGCGAGGCGAGAGCUGGACGGCGAGGAUCUGGGUCGCACUAUUCUGGUCACCGGAGACGGCAGCAUGGCGAUGACGAUCCAGGAGGUCGGGACCAUGAUAAAGCAUGGCAUCAAGCCGAUUAUCUUCGUCAUCAACAACGCAGGAUACACCAUCGAACGAGUAAUCUGGGGUGCUCAUCAACCAUACAACGACAUCGUCCCCACUGCGUACUCGCACCUCCUCCCCCUCUUCCACCACCCCUCUCCGACCACCUCCUUCCACAUCGGCCGCACCAAGGACGAAAUGGCCCGCGUCUUCUCCUCUAAGACCCUCGCCAAACCGACUGUACUCCAACUCGCUGAGAUCGUGGUCGAGAAACUGGAUUCGUCAUGGAGGCUUCCUGCGCUGCUGGCGUGGCGCGGAGGCGACAAGCAUAAGCAAUUCCUGACCGAGGCUGGCAUCGUCGAUACGUAUGGUGGGUGGGGGUUGAAUGAGCUGGAGGGUGGCAAUGGGAAUGGGGUGAAUGGGACAAAUGGUGUGGUCAAUGGGAAGUCAUGA